AUGCGCCGCGCCGCCGUUCAAAUCUCACGCUCGCCAGUCUUGAUUCGCACUCUGGCCUCGACUCGUGCUCUUGGCGAUGAGAAGUCUAUCAAGGUCGUCUCGUACAACCAGUCUGGCCAGCGUGAGCAGGAGACCCUCUCUGUCCCUGCUGCCAGCAAUGAGCCUGUCAACCCUCCUGGUCAGGACAUUGAGGUCGCUGCUCAGCCUCUCAAGUCUGAGCUGCUCGAUCUCCUUCCUCCCACCAUGAAGAAAUUCACUCUCCACGGCAAGGUCGCUGUUAUUACCGGCGGCGGUCGUGGAUUGGGCUACAACAUGGCUCAGGCCCUCUCUGAGGUUGGCGUCAAGGGCAUUGGCAUCUUUGACGUUCAGCAGGAUCUAGGUGAGAAGUCUGCCCGCGAGCUUUCCGCCCAGACUGGUGUCGAUGUUCGCUUCUACAAGGUCGAUGUUCGUGAUGAGGCCGCCAUCCAGCAGGCUGUCCAGGAUGUCGCUGCUCACUACGGUCAAAUUGAUGUUCUUAUCAAUGCUGCUGGCAUUGCCGACUCCAACGUCAAGGCUGAGACCUACGACUCUGAGAAGUUCCGUCGCCUUCUCGACAUCAAUAUCACCGGCACCUUCCUUGUUGCUCAGGCUGUUGGUCAGCAGAUGAUCAAACUCCAGACCGGUGGCUCCAUGAUCAACAUCGCCUCCAUGUCUGGCACCAUCGUCAACUACCCUCAGGAGCAGUCCUGCUACAAUGCCUCCAAGGCUGCUGUCAUCCAGCUCACCAAGUCUCUCGCCGCCGAGUGGGCUCGCUACAACAUCCGUGUCAACUCCAUCUCGCCUGGCUACAUGGACACCGCCCUCAACCGCGUUCCUGCUCUCGACGCUCAAAAGCGCAUCUGGAUGGACAACACUCCCCAGAAGCGCCUCGGCGCUGUUGACGACCUCAACAACCUUGCUGUCUACUUGGCUUCGCCUGGUUCCAGCUACAUGACUGGCAACAACUGCCUCAUCGACGGUGGUUACACCUUGUGGUAA